AUGUCCCACCGGGAGCAGGCCUCAGGGAAGGCUCAGGACACGCUAGAGGGACUAUGUUUCAAAGCUGGCCUGGGAAUGCCUCGGAAUCCCCCGAAGGAGCUGGAGCAAGUGUCUGGAGGGAGGGAACUGGUCGGUGGCGAGUUUGACCUGGAGAUGAACUUCAUCAUCCAGGAUGCAGAAGCCAUCAUUUGCAUGUUGGAGUUGCUGGAACACUGUGAAGUCACAUGCCAAGCGGAAAUCUGGAGCAUGUUCACCGCCAUACUGCGCAAGAGUGUCCGCAACCUACAGACCAGCACUGAGGUCGGCCUCAUUCAGAGGCUAUUGAUCAAAAUGAGCUCUGUGGAUGACAUGAUCGCAGACUUGCUGGUGGAUAUGCUGGGAGUUCUGGCCAGCUACAGUAUCACCGUCAAAGAACUCAAACUGCUCUUCAGCAUGCUGAGAGGAGAAGGAGGAUUGUGGCCAAGACAUGCAGUCAAAUUACUCUCAGUUCUCUCUCAAAUGGCACAAAGACAUGGACCGGACACUUUCUUCAACUUCCCUGGCCGGAGUGCAGCUGCGAUUGCGUUACCUCCCAUUGCAAAAUGGCCUUAUCAGAACGGCUUCACCCUCAACACCUGGUUUCGCAUGGAUCCUCUGAACAACAUCAACGUCGACAAAGACAAACCCUACCUUUACUGUUUCCGCACAAGCAAAGGCAUCGGCUACUCUGCACAUUUUGUGGGGAACUGCUUGAUUGUGACAUCACUGAAGUCGAAAGGAAAAGGCUUCCAGCACUGCGUGAAAUAUGACUUUCAGCCCCGCAAGUGGUACAUGGUCAGCAUUGUCCACAUCUACAACCGCUGGAGGAACAGUGAGAUCCGCUGUUAUGUCAAUGGGCAGCUUGUCUCGUAUGGGGACAUGGCUUGGCACGUCAACACUAAUGACAGUUAUGACAAAUGUUUCCUCGGCUCAUCUGAGACUGCAGAUGCCAACCGGGUGUUUUGUGGACAGCUCGGAGCCAUCUAUGUGUUCAGUGAAGCUCUAAACCCAGCUCAGAUAUUUGCCAUCCAUCAACUGGGCCCAGGAUACAAGAGCACUUUUAAAUUUAAAUCAGAGAGUGAUAUCCAUCUGGUUGACCACCUUAAGCAAGUAUUGUAUGAUGUGAAGUUAGCAAACAGCAUCUUCUUUAAAGACACUAAACCCUAG